AUGUGGAGAAAGUUUGGUAAUAUGGGAAUUUUAGGUGUCACAGCACCAGAAAUAUAUGGUGGAUUAAAUUUAGGUUACUUGGAACAUACUUUUAUUAUGGAGGAAAUAUCAAGAGCAUCAGGUUCUGUUGCUCUUUCCUAUGGAGCACAUUCAAAUUUAUGUGUUAAUCAGAUCGUACGAAAUGGUAACGAUAGCCAGAAAAAUAAAUAUUUACCUAAACUAAUUUCUGGUGAAUAUAUUGGAGCACUUUCAAUGUCUGAACAUAAUUCCGGCUCUGAUGUAGUAUCUAUGAAACUACGUGCUGAAAAAAAGGGAGAUCGAUAUAUUCUUAAUGGAAAUAAAAUGUGGAUUACAAAUGGUCCUGAUGCAAAUGUUUUAAUAGCUUACGCAAAGACAGAUCCUCAAGCAGGAUCCCGUGGUAUUACUGCUUUUUUGGGGUUUAAAGGAUUUUCAACUGCACAAAAGCUUGAUAAAUUGGGCAUGAGAGGAUCCAAUACUUGUGAAUUAAUUUUUGAUAAUUGUGAAGUUCCAGAUGAAAAUAUAUUGGGCGAAAUAAACAAAGGGGUUUAUGUGCUUAUGAGUGGGCUUGAUCUAGAAAGACUUGUUCUUUCAGGUGGACCAUUAGGUUUGAUGCAAGCUGCUCUAGAUAUUGUUGUUCCAUAUGUACAUACACGUAAACAAUUUGGAGAGCCAAUAGGACAUUUCCAAUUGAUCCAAGCAAAAUUAGCUGACAUGUAUACUAAACUCAAUGCUUCUAGAUCAUAUGUAUAUUCGGUGGCUAGGGCAUGUGACAGUGGUCAUAUUUCUAAUAGGGAUUGUGCUGCUGUCAUAUUGAAUGCAGCUGAACGAGCCACAGAAGUCGCAUUGGACGCUAUACAAUGUCUUGGUGCGAAUGGAUAUAUAAAUGAUUAUGAUACUGGUCGUAUUCUUAGAGAUGCUAAAUUGUAUGAAAUUGGAGCAGGAACUAGUGAAAUUAGAAGAUUGGUUAUUGGAAGGUGA